AUGUUGCCGAAUUCUCCUUUUUGUGAUGACAUCUGUGUUUUUCUGUGUAGGGAGACUGAAGAGUGGAAUAGUCGUAGUCUGUUCACAUCUAUCUAUCUAUCUAUCUAUCUAUCUAUCUAUCUAUCUAUCUAUCUAUCUAUCCCACUGUUCAUAUCUAUCUAUCUAUCUAUCUAUCUAUCUAUCUAUCUAUCUAUCUCUAUAUAUAUAUCAAUCUAUUUUAAUCUGUUCAUAUCUGUCUAUCUUAGUCUGUUCAUAUCUAUCUAUCUAUCUAUCUAUCUAUCUAUCUAUCUAUCUAUCUAUCUAUCUAUCUAUCUCAGUUUGAUCUAUCUAUCUAUCUAUCUAUCUAUCUAUCUAUUUAUAUAUAUAUAUCUUUGUUCAUAUCUAUUAAUCUAUCUUAUCCUGGUUGGUCUCCUUACUCUCUAUCUCAGUCCUAGUUUGUCUUUUUAUUCUCUGCCUAAAUCAUUGUUUGUCACCUUACUCUCUGUCUCAAUCCUUGUUUGUCUCUUUAUUCUCUGCCUCAAUCCAUGUUUCUCUCCUUACUCUCUGUCUCAAUCCAUGUUUGUCUCCUUACUCUCUAUCUCAGUCCUUGUUUGUCUCCUUACUCUCUAUCUCAGCCCUUGUUUGUCUCCUUACUCUCUAUCUCAGUCCUUGUUUGUCACCUUACUCUCUGUCUCAAUCUUUGUUUGUCUCCUUACUCUCUAUCUCAGUCAUUGUUUGUCUCCUUACUCCCUGUCUCAGUCAUUGUUUGUCUCCUUACUCUCUGUCUCAGUCAUUGUUUGUCUCCUUACUUUCUCAGUUCUUGUUUGCUUUUUUACUCUCUAUCCCAGUCAUUGUUUGUCUCCUUACUCUCUGUCUCAGUCAUUGUUUGUCUCCUUACUCUCUCAGUUCUUGUUUGUUUUUUUACUCUCUAUCCCAGUCAUUGUUUGUCACCUUACUCCCUGUCUCAGUCAUUGUUUGUCUCCUUACUCUCUCAGUUCUUGUUUGUUUUUUUACUCUCUAUCUCAGUCAUUGUUUGUCUCCUUACUCCCUGUCUCAGUCAUUGUUUGUCUCCUUACUCUCUCAGUUCUUGUUUGUUUUUUUACUCUCUAUCUCAGUCAUUGUUUGUCUCCUUACUCUCUGUCUCAGUCAUUGUUUGUCUCCUUACUCUCUCAGUUCUUGUUUGUUUUUUACUCUCAUCUCAGUCAUUGUUUGUCUCCUUACUCUCUGUCUCAGUCAUUGUUUGUCUCCUUACUCUCUCAGUUCUUGUUUGUUUUUUUUACUCUCUAUCCCAGUCAUUGUUUGUCACCUUACUCCCUGUCUCAGUCAUUGUUUGUCUCCUUACUCUCUUCAGUUCUUGUUUGUUUUUUUACUCUGUCUCAGUCAUUGUUUGUCUCCCUUACUCUCUGUCUCAGUCAUUGUUUUUGUCUCCUUACUCUCUGUCUCAGUUCUUGUUUGUUUUUUUUUUUACUCUCUAUCUCAGUCAUUGUUUGUCUCCUUACUCUCUGUCUCAGUCAUUGUUUGUCUCCUUACUCUCUCAGUUCUUGUUUGUUUUUUUACUCUCUAUCUCAGUCAUUGUUUGUCUCCACUUACUCCCUGUCUCAGUCAUUGUUUGUCUCCUUACUCUCUCAGUUCUUGUUUGUUUUUUUUUUUCUCUAUCCCAGUCAUUGUUUGUCUCCUUUGUCUCUGUCUCAGUCAUUGUUUGUCUCCUUACUCUCUCAGUUCUUGUUUGUUUUUUUUACUCUAUCUCAGUCAUUGUUUGUCUCCUUACUCUCUGUCUCAGUCAUUGUUUGUCUCCUUACUCUCUCAGUUCUUGUUUGUUUUUUUACUCUCUCUAUCUCAGUCAUUGUUUGUCUCCUUACUCUCUGUCUCAGUCAUUGUUUGUCUCCUUACUCUCUCAGUUCUUGUUUGUUUUUUUACUCUCUAUCUCAGUCAUUGUUUGUCUCCUUAGUCUCUGUCUCAGUCAUUGUUUGUCUCCUUACUCUCUCAGUUCUUGUUUGUUUUUUUUACUCUCUAUCUCAGUCAUUGUUUGUCUCCUUACUCCCUGUCUCAGUCAUUGUUUGUCUCCUUACUCUCUCAGUUCUUGUUUGUUUUUUACUCUAUCUCAGUCAUUGUUUGUCACCUUGCUCCCUGUCUCAGUCAUUGUUUGUCUCCUUACUCUCUCAGUUCUUGUUUGUUUUUUUACUCUCUAUCCCAGUCAUUGUUUGUCUCCUUGCUCUCUGUCUCAGUCAUUGUUUGUCUCCUUACUCUCUCAGUUCUUGUUUGUUUUUUUUUAUCUCUCACUCUCUAUCCCAGUCAUUGUUUGUCACCUUGCUCCCUGUCUCAGUCAUUGUUUGUCUCCUUACUCUCUCAGUUCUUGUUUGUUUUUUUUACUCUCUAUCUCAGUCAUUGUUUGUCUCCUUACUCUCUGUCUCAGUCAUUGUUUGUCUCCUUACUCUCUCAGUUCUUGUUUGUUUUUUUACUCUCUAUCCCAGUCAUUGUUUGUCACCUUGCUCCCUGUCUCAGUCAUUGUUUGUCUCCUUACUCUCUCAGUUCUUGUUUGUUUUUUUACUCUCUAUCUCAGUCAUUGUUUGUCUCCUUACUCUCUGUCUCAGUCAUUGUUUGUCUCCUUACUCUCUCAGUUCUUGUUUGUUUUUUUACUCUCUAUCUCAGUCAUUGUUUGUCUCUUACUCUCUGUCUCAGUCAUUGUUUGUCUCCACUCUCUCAGUUCUUGUUUGUUUUUUUACUCUCUAUCCCAGUCAUUGUUUGUCUCCUUACUCUCUGUCUCAGUCAUUGUUUGUCUCCUUACUCUCUCAGUUCUUGUUUGUUUUUUUACUCUCUAUCUCAGUCAUUGUUUGUCUCCUUACUCUCUGUCUCAGUCAUUGUUUGUCUCCUUACUCUCUCAGUUCUUGUUUGUUUUUUUACUCUCUAUCCCAGUCAUUGUUUGUCUCCUUACUCUCUGUCUCAGUCAUUGUUUGUCUCCUUACUCUCUCAGUUCUUGUUUGUUUUUUUACUCUCUAUCCCAGUCAUUGUUUGUCACCUUACUCCCUGUCUCAGUCAUUGUUUGUCUCCUUACUCUCUCAGUUCUUGUUUGUUUUUUUACUCUCUAUCCCAGUCAUUGUUUGUCUCCUUACUCUCUGUCUCAGUCAUUGUUUGUCACCUUACUCUCUCAGUUCUUGUUUGUUUUUUUACUCUCUAUCCCAGUCAUUGUUUGUCACCUUACUCCCUGUCUCAGUCAUUGUUUGUCUCCUUACUCUCUCAGUUCUUGUUUGUUUUUUUACUCUCUAUCCCAGUCAUUGUUUGUCACCUUACUCCCUGUCUCAGUCAUUGUUUGUCUCCUUACUCUCUCAGUUCUUGUUUGUUUUUUUACUCUCUAUCCCAGUCAUUGUUUGUCUCCUUACUCUCUGUCUCAGUCAUUGUUUGUCACCUUACUCUCUCAGUUCUUGUUUGUUUUUUUACUCUCUAUCCCAGUCAUUGUUUGUCUCCUUACUCUCUGUCUCAGUCAUUGUUUGUCACCUUACUCUCUCAGUUCUUGUUUGUUUUUUUUACUCUAUCCCAGUCAUUGUUUGUCUCCUUACUCUCUGUCUCAGUCAUUGUUUGUCACCUUACUCUCUCAGUUCUUGUUUGUUUUUUUACUCUCUAUCCCAGUCAUUGUUUGUCACCUUACUCUCCAUCUCAAUUCCUUGUUUGUCACCUUACUCUCUAUCUCAGUUCUUUGUCUACGUACUAUAUAUCCUAGUCCUUGUUUUUCUCCUUACUAAAUAUCUUACUUGUUUCCUUGUUUGUUUUCUUACUAUCAAUCACAAUCCUUUUUUUACUCAUUACUAUUCAUCACAAUCCUUGUUCAUCUCCUAA